AUUCCUUUGACCUGCACCAAGUCCAACGCACCACGGAACCGCGUUGUCCGCUUGCCCGCCUGCUCUCACGUCGUUUUCGAGCGCACUCUCUCUUUCUCUUCUUUUCACCUUCCCUUUCAUCCCUUUGGCUUCUGUGAGCACGACUCUUUUACCGACUCUUUUCGAAAAGGAGUGCCUUUACCUCUUCUUUGAUCGCGACGCUCGCUUUCUGGCCGCGCUCGAAAGGUGGUAGUCUAGCCCUUGACGGGUGUCGCUGCCGGCCGCAAAGACAGACAGAGCACGGAGGAAGAGGAAAAGUAUCUCACUCACCAUGGACCAGCGUGCGACAACCCCGCCCGAGGAUGUCGAGAAGCUCUCGCAGCUCUCGAACAUCUCCCUCGACUCCAUCUUUCCCGUCCUUCGCGAUCGCUUCUUCUCCUCGCUGCCCUACACCGCUCUCAGCGACUCGAUUCUCAUCUCGGCCAACCCCUUUGCGGCGCCCGGCAACCGAAACACGGACGACACUCUUCGAGAGUACACAAAGGACUACCGCGAGACGAGCAAGUCGAACCGAGCCAGGCUUCCGCCCCACGUCUUUCAGCUGGCGUGCAACGCCUACUUUUACCUGCGCAGGACCGGCCAGGACCAGAGCAUCUUGCUAGCGGGCGAGACCGCCUCAGGAAAGACUGAGAUCAGGAGGCUUGCGCUGAGGACCCUCAUCGACUUGAGUGCAGCCUCGCCAGGCAAGAAGGGAUCCAAGCUCGCCGCGCAAAUUCCUUCUGGCGAAUUCAUCCUAGAGAGUCUGGGCAACUCGUCGACGCUCGAGAAUGCAAACGCCUCGCGCUUUGGCAAGUACACGGAGCUCCAAUUCAGCGAAAGCGGUCGGCUGGUGGGUGCCAAGACGCUCGACUACUAUCUUGAGAGGAACCGCGUAGUGAGCGCGUCGUCGAGCGAACGAAACUUCCACAUCUUCUAUUACCUCGUCGCCGGCGCAUCAAGUGAGGAAAAGGAGUUCCUCCAUCUCGGCGAUGGCUCCGACUUCCGCUUCCUGGGAUCCCACUCGAGGCAGCACAAAGAGACCGCCCGACAGGAUGCGGCCAAGUUCACCCGUCUCAAGCAGGCAUUCAAGAACGUUGGCCUGUCCAAACGCCACGUCGCCUCCAUCUGCCAGGUGCUUGCCGCCAUCCUGCACCUUGGUAAUUUGGAGUUCUACCAGGACCGCCAUCGGACCCAAGACUCGGCUUCAAUUCGCAACCCAGAAGUACUGCACAUCUGUGCAGAAUUCCUCGGCAUCACUUCAAAGGCGCUUGAGGAGUCGCUGACGUACAAGACCAAGAUGAUCAAGAAUGAGGUCUGCACCAUCCUCCUCGAUGCCGACGGGGCGGCCAACAACCGUGAUGAGCUGGCAAAGUCCAUCUACUCGCUUCUCUUUGCCUGGAUCAACGAGCACCUCAACGAGAAGCUUUGCCGCGACGACUUUGACGCAUUCAUUGGCGUCUUUGAUCUGCCGGGCUUUCAGAACCUCUCGAGGGGAAAUUCGCUGGACCAGUUCUGCGUCAACUUCGCCAACGAGUCGUUGCACCGUUUCAUGCUUCGCACUGUCUUUGAACGGAAACAAGACGAGUACGCCGAUGAAGGGCUCACUUUCCUCUCGCCAGAAGUGCCUUACUUUGACAAUGCUGAGUGCGUCCGCCUCCUCACGAACCAACCUGGUGGCCUGGUCCACAUCAUGGACGACCAAGCUCGACGAAUGCCAAAGAAGACGGACCAGACCAUGGUCGAGGCCUUUGGCAAGCGGUGGGGAAACCACCCUUCCUUCAAGGUUGGACCUGCUGACCGAAGCGGCUCAGCCACCUUCACCAUUAGUCACUUCCACGGAACGGUGGCAUACACGAGUGAGAAUCUCCUGGAGCGCAACAGCGAAAACGUCAGUCCCGACUUUGUCUCGUUGCUCCGUGGGCAGACGAUCGAGGCAGGCAAGAGCGCGGCAGACGUCCCGGGCGCACAGAGCGUCGGCUCCUCGAUUUCCUUUGUACGCAACCUCUUCAAUACUAGGGCUCUCAACACGCAGGCACAUCCAAAGAGCGAACAGACGAUUGUUGCUGCUCAGCAGUCGGUGAAGCCCAUGCGUCAGCCCUCAAUGCGCAAGCGUGGAGGAACGAUCAAGAGAUCUACGACUCAGCGCAGGGGUGGUGCUGACGACGAUGACUCCGACGACGAUGACGACGCCAAGGACGGUGCAGGCACCUCAGGAGGCAAGUCAAAGCACUCGGGCGUGCGCUGCGUCGCAGGCGAGUUCAAGAGCGGUCUAGACACGCUCUUUGAGACAAUCGAAGAGACCAAGCCCUGGUUUGUCCUGUGCCUUCGACCUAACGACAACCAGCUGCCGAACCAAUUCGAGGCUCGCGUUGUGAAGCAGCAGAUCAAGUGCAUCGGCAUCGCCGAAAUGGCGCGCAAACUCCUCAACGAGUACAGUGUCAACAUGACCUACGAGGAGUUCUGCAGCCGCUACGCCGAAGUACCCGUUCUGAGUGCUGCCAACAUGCAGGGCGCGACUGGUGGUGAAGCCAAGCAAAAGUUCUCAGCCGCCAAGGAAGUCAUGGGCUGGAGCGACAACGAUGCCGCUUCGGGCAGGGUCAAGGUCUUCCUCUCCCAUGCCGCCUUCCGCGAGCUGGAAGACGACCUCCGAGCGGGCGACCCAGAAGAGGUUCGGGCGAACGAGCGCAAGGCACUCAUGGAUGCUGACGCUGCUGCCCGUGGCGAGACAGACCCCUUCUCGCCCCUGGGCGUCAUCGAUGAGUCUGCAGGCGGUGCCCUUGCAGGAACUCCCGGCGGCUUCGUCGGCGCAUAUGGUGACCCAUUCAAGGAGCGCUCCACCGCGGCUUUGCCCCUGGUUGGCAACCAGGAGGACAGCAUGGACGAGGCCAAGAGCACCUACUCGGACUUUUCCGGCCUCAAUCGCCGCAGCUACGGUGGCAACUUCAGCGCCUCAGCGUCGGUGGUCGGCUCGGAAGCCUAUGCACCCUCGCGCAACAUGUUCGCCGACGCCAACGGAGCAGCACGCGGCCUGAACGAGAAAGGCCCUACGCAAUUUACCGACGCCGCGGAUGGGGAGGUGGCCGAGGAGAUGGCCGUUACCUCACAGCGCAAAAGAUGGGUGCUCCUCACCUGGCUUCUCACUUGGUGGAUUCCUUCGCCGUUCCUCAAAUGGUGUGGCGGCAUGAAGCGCCCCGACAUUCGUAUGGCCUGGCGCGAGAAGCUGGCCAUCAACAUGAUGAUCUGGUUCAUUUGCGGCUGCGCCAUCUUUGUCAUUGCCGUCUUGGGCAAUGUCAUUUGCCCCAAGCAACACGUCUACUCGACUGACGAGCUGCAGAACCGAAAGGGCAAUCAGUCCUUGACCGCCAUCCGCGGCGAAGUGUUUGAUCUCAACAACAUUGUCACCAUGCACCGCUCCGUUGUUUCGGUCGUACCCGAGACAGCAAUUCUCAAGUACGCCGGAGAAGAUGCAACCGGUAUCUUCCCGGUGCAGGUCAACGCGCUCUGCAACGGUGUCGACGGCAGUGUCAGCCCUUGGGUCCAGCUCAAUCGGGACAACUCGACAGAUACUAACGCCCAAUAUCACGAUUUCCGAGCCAUUCACCCUGAAGACUUCCGCUCUGACUGGUACUACGAGUCGAUGUGGCUCAUGAGAUCAAACUACCGCGUCGGUUUCAUGGGUUACACACCCGAUGGCAUCUCGGACCUCCUCGACGAAGGGCGCGCCGUGGCAAUCUACCGCGGUGGCAUCUACGACGUGACCGACUAUGUCAGCCAGGGAAAUCGCGGAGCAAUUCAGGCGCCGGAAAACACUCAGGCGCCGGCGAAUACUAACGCACAGUUCAUGUCAUCUUCGAUCAUCCAACUCAUAUCACAGAAUCCGGGCAAGGACAUCACCAAGCAGCUCGACGCCCUGCCCCUCUCUUCCGACGUCAUGGAUCGUCAAAGAGUAUGCCUGAGGAACCUCUUCUUCAUCGGAAAGCAGGACAACCGCAACUCGCCCCAGUGUCAAUUCGCUCGUUACAUUCUCUUGGCUCUCUCGAUUGUCAUGGUCGCCAUUAUCGGCUUCAAGUUCCUAGCGGCUCUCCAAUUCGGAAGGGAGCGUAAGCCAGAAGAACACGACAAGUUUGUUCUCUGCCAGGUUCCUUGCUACACCGAAGGCGAAGAGUCGAUGCGCAAGACGAUCAACUCGCUGGCUGCACUCAAAUACGAUGACAAGCGCAAGCUCAUCUUCAUCAUUUGUGACGGUAUGAUUGUCGGUUCGGGUAACGAUCGACCUACUCCGCGCAUCGUCCUCGACAUUCUCGGCGCGGAUCCCAACCUGGACCCAGAACCAUUGAGCUUCCUCUCGCUGGGCGAGGGAAGCCGUCAGCACAACAUGGCAAAGGUCUACAGCGGUCUGUACGAGCACCACGGUCACGUUGUUCCUUACCUCGUUGUUGUCAAGUGUGGUAAGCCCACUGAACGCCAGCGUCCAGGCAAUCGCGGAAAGCGAGACUCGCAGCUCGUUCUCAUGCGUUUCCUCAACAAGGUUCACUUUGGCCUGCCGAUGAAUCCGAUGGAGCUCGAGGUUUACCACCAAAUCAAGAACGUCAUUGGUGUCAAUCCGAGCUUCUACGAGUACGUCCUCCAGGUCGAUGCCGACACAGAGGUCGAGGCCCUCUCGCUCAACCGGUUUGUGUCGGCAUUUACCAACGACAAGAAGGUCAUCGGUCUCUGUGGAGAGACUUCCCUGUCCAACUCGAAGCGCAGCUUUAUCACGAUGCUCCAGGUCUACGAAUACUUCAUCUCGCACUACCUCGCCAAGGCUUUCGAGAGCUUGUUCGGCUCCGUCACUUGUCUUCCAGGUUGUUUCUCCAUCUUCCGAAUCCGUACGCCCGACACGCAUCGACCUUUGUUCAUUGCCAACCGCGUCCUUGAAGAGUAUGCCGAAAAUCGCGUCGAUACGUUGCACACCAAGAACCUGCUUCACCUGGGUGAAGAUCGUUAUCUGACCACGCUGGUUCUCAAACACUUUGGUAACUACAAGACGCUCUUCAUUCGCGACGCCAAGGCCAUGACGACGGCGCCCGAAGACUGGGGAGUGCUCUUGUCGCAACGACGUCGAUGGAUCAACAGUACGGUGCACAAUCUCUUCGAGCUCAUCUCCACGCCAGGCCUCUGCGGUUUCUGCCUCUUCUCCAUGCGCUUCAUCGUCUUCAUCGACCUGCUCUCGACGAUCAUUGCGCCAGUCACCAUGGUUUACAUCGUCUAUCUCAUUGUUCUGGUCUGCACAGAUGACGCCACUGUGCCCGUCACGAGCUUGAUCAUGUUGGCGGCCAUCUACGGUCUUCAGGCCAUCAUCUUCCUGCUCCGCAGGCGAUUCGACAUGAUCAUCUGGAUGCUCAUCUACAUCGUCGGUACACCCGUCUGGACUCUCUUCCUGCCCCUCUACUCCUUCUGGCACAUGGACGACUUCUCGUGGGGUAACACUCGCGUCGUCAUGGGUGAAAAGGGUCAAAAGAUCGUCAAGCACGACGAGGGCAAGUUCGAUCCCAACGAGAUUCCUGAACAGACGUGGCAGGCCUACGAGGAGGAGCUUUGGGAGCGCAACUCUGCUCGCUCCAUCGGCGAGAUCAUCGAAGCGGCCCGCAAUGACAAGUCCAACGCCGGGUCGAGGGCCGGGUCGAUGUAUGCUCCGAGCCUGUACGGCGCGCCCAUGAUGCAGCAGUCGCCCAGCUAUGGACACAGCCCCUCUGCUUCGCAGCUCGGCGGCGCCAUGGGUGGCGGUUCGCAAGUUGGCACGCCUGGUUAUUUCCCUCCUGGACAGAUGGACGCUGCGAGACAUUCGACAUACAGCUUGGGCGGCGGCAUGCCUCAAGGACAGAGCUACCACGGGGCCAUGUCGGGCUAUGGCACGCCUGCUAUGUCUAUGUUUGGCGGACCAACUGCGACGAAUCCGGGCGUCUAUGCAUCGCAGCCGACAUCGAUGUAUGGUAUGCCGCAGAUGCAGUCGCAGCAGUUCCAGUCGGGCUACUUCCAGGGAUCGCCCUCAAUGUAUGGCCAGUCGUUCUACCAGCCUCAACAGCAGCAACAGCAACAGCAGGGAUCUGGACAGAGGAGCGGACGAUCGACGCCCGGACCCGCCGAGGGCCCUCUGGUCGACGCCAGCACGCCCGGCGCUGUGCCUGCAGACGAUGUCGUCGCUCGCGACAUUCGACAGCUCAUCAUGUCCUCAGACCUGGCCAGUGUCACGAAAAAGAAGCUCCGUGGUCAGCUUGAGGAAAAGUACGGAGCACCAUUCUCGCCGGAGAAGAAGACAUUUGUCAAUGAGACGAUCGACAAGGUCCUCGCGGAGGUCUGAGGCCUGCUCAGCUCUGUAUGGAUCGCCACUCGUCCACGUCCUCUUUCUGUGCAUCUCUUCGCGAACUAUCAUCAAAGCCAAGGAACCCUACCUUCACGAACAAUCUCUCCCUCGUCCCAUGUGUAUCUUAUUGAAACGUUCUCCCCUCUCUUUUCUCUAACUUCUCCAAUCGAUCAGCCUCGCUCCGAUUUUGUGCAAGCGUAUGACAAUGAAAUUGUGAUUCUAUG